AUGAGCGCGGGGCCGCGAUGGCCGGCACCCGGCAGCCUGCCUGCGCUCUGCGCCGCGCUGCUCCUGCUGGGUCUGCAGCCGCCCCCCGUGAGCACCGAGGGGAAACUCUUCCUGCUGGAGUCCCAGAACGGCUCUCAGGGCCUGGACCUGGAGGCAGCUCGGCUCUCCUGCAGGAGCAGGGGUGCCCACCUGGUGUCUGCUGGAGAGCUGAGGAGGGUGGUCCAAGACUGUGCCUUCGCAGUGUGCACAACAGGCUGGCUGGCUGACGGCACCCUUGGGACAACUGUGUGCAGCAAAGGCAGCGAUGAACAGCAAAUCGCCAGAGCCGUUGAUGUGAGAAUCGACAGCCACCCGGUUCCUGGGGCCAAGUACAAUGCCCUUUGUAUUAAGGAUGAAGAGAGGCCGUGUGGAGACCCACCAUCAUUCCCACACACCAUCCUCCAGGGUCGCACUGGCUUGGAGAUGGGGGAUGAGCUGCUGUAUGUGUGUGCACCAGGCUCCGUCACAGGACGUGGAGAAACUGCCUUCACCUUGCUGUGUAACAGCUGUGGGGAGUGGUACGGACUGGUUCAAGCCUGCGGGAAAGAUGAGGCCGAGGCCCACAUUGACUAUGAAGACAAUUUCCCUGAUGACAGAUCCGUGUCAUUCAGGGAACUCAUGGAAGAUUCCCGGGCAGAGGGAGAAGAGGAAAAGGCUCAGGAGGAUGCCUCUGAGGAGACACCAAAACAAGACAGUGUGGUCCUCACUUCUGUGUCUAAAGAGAACAUAGCCCAGGAAAAUGCCUUUGUGCCUACCACAGGCUUGCCCGGCCCUGGGAGCAGGGUCCGCACAGACUGGCCCAGAUCCCGCCUAAACAGGAAAUACUCACUCUGGUUUCCUGCUGAGACUUUCCACAAGUCAGAGCUGGAAAAGGAAGUGAGGGAUGAGACCAAAGAUCCACUUCCUGCUGGAGAAAAUCACAGUGAAGGAGAACUGGUCCCAGGGGAGUCUGAAACCAGGCUGGUCUAUGCCGCCACCUACAGCCCCUCAGAGCCAUUGGUGGAUAGGAAUGACAGCAAGGCAGAGGACCCGGUGGUGAGCAGCAGUGACGAUUCCUGGUUAGAUGGUUACCCUGUGACAGAUGGGGCCUGGAGGAAGGUGGAGGCAGAACGGGAGGAUGAUGGGUCAGUGGGACUGGAUGAAAGUGUUCUCAUAACCCCCGAUCAGCCCACUGGGAAAGUUAAGGAGCAGAAGAAUUCCACCACCGCACCUAGCAAGUCUGUGGUAGACAGUUCAGUUGUUCCUUCUCAAAUGCUCAAUGUAGAGGCUCUGGUUCCAGGACCCAUGGAUGUGUCUGAGACUGAGGGUCCCUACACCAGGGAUGGUGAUUUGACUAAGUAUCAGUCAACUAUACCCCGGAGAGUCACCACAGAGCCGUCACCUAUGGCCACCUUACCCAAUGAACUCACCACCUCCACCCAAGAGACAGUACCAACAACUCUCCGGCAGACACAUAAACUCAUCCUCUCGACUAGUGUGGAGGCCACCCAGCCUCCAGUGGAGGCCACAGCUCCUGAGAUUCAGGACAGCUUCCCAUACCUGUUGUCUGAAGACUUCUUGGGACAGGAGGGCGCUGGGCCUGGUGUAGGCGAGGAGAAACUUCUCCCAACCUUGGCACCAUGUGUGGGGAGUGAGUGUCCCAGCUUAAGGAGAGGCCCAGUGAUCACCAUCAUCGUCACUGUCUUGUGCCUGCUGCUGCUCCUGGCGGUCGUGGGAGCGGUCUGGGGUUACCGCAGGUGCCAGCACAAGAGCUCUGUAUACAAGCUGAAUGUCGGACAGCGGCAGGCUAGACACUACCACCAGCAGAUUGAGAUGGAGAAGGUCUAGCCUCCGUCAGCGUGGGCUCUCACAAAGCCACUUGGAGGAAGAUUAACUGUGACCCAUCACACUGAUAAUUCUCAGGAUCGGAGGUGGAAAGGGUUCACCCUCUAAAGUUCAAGUCUUUCUUCUAUCUGCUGAGAAGUGUCUCUGGAGGCAUGUGGAGGGCAGAAAGGGUUUGGUGGAGUUGUCACACAUGCCAAGGCCUUCUCAACCACAUGCUCUGGAAUUCAUCGCCCAAAUCACAGACCUCUGCUUGCCUCUAUUCCAAUCUAAGGGCGGGUUGUUGUUGGAAUCACCUUUUAUCUUUACCACACUAAAGUCUUUUCAUCUUUAGAGAGAGCGAAUCACAGACUCCGGGCCCUGAAAUGUAGGAAAUAGUUUUGAUAAGCCAUGUGUUUAAGGCCACGUUAGGAAACAGAUGUCCAGUUGUGGCACGGGACGGGGAAGGGUCAUGCUGUUUCCUGUUAGUGUGAUGUUGCUGAGGACAAAUGGGUCAGGAGCUAGAAUGUACUUCAUAAACUUUGGCAUUUCUUUUUUGGUUUGUGGAAAUUGGAGAGAAUUUAAGACUGACAUUUUGCCUCGGGGUAUGAGGAGCAAACAGGUACGUGCCCACCCCUGAUCCUGCUGUUCCUUUAAGAACAAGGUGAACUUGGUGCCAGUGAGGACGACACUCAGUGUCCUUGUCUGGUCUGUGCCUACAAAUGCCUUGGGAUUGCUCCCAGGGCUGAUGACAAUACCCAACUCACAGUCUCCGCUCUCAGGAUUAACUGUUUCUCGGAACUCCAGUAAAAGGGAAUGACGUGGAUGGGGAAAAAUGUUGGAAGAAGCUCAAAGACUGAUAUAUCAAGUACGGGUGCCUGCUCUAUGGAGGAGGAAUGAAAAUGGACAUGCGUUGCCCUGGGUUGAUCUGUCCCAGCCAUUUCCACCAAGUGGCAUCUCAACGGCUAUCGUUUCUAGAAGGAUGGUCCUCAGAUCAGCAGCAUAUCUCCGGGGGUUUUGUUGAAGAUGUAAAUCCUUUAGUCUCAUCCCAGACUCAGCAAGCCAAACCCCUGGGGCUGGGCAGGCUCUGAGCUCAAACCAUGGCUCUGAUGUACAUUCAUACUAAGAGCCAUUGGCUUCUGUCAUCUGUGGUGAUCUUGGAACCCAGGAAGGCCUGGAGACAGGGAGGUGAGUACCUCAUGUACUGUCUAGCUUGACCUCAGCAUCUCGACAACAGCAUGUGAAGUGUCACCUCCGGCUGUCUCCAGGGUAUUAGCCCAGAAGUCAGCACACCAUGCUUUUCUAUCUGAAUUCCUUCCUGAAGGCGUGAAACUGAUGGAGGCUAUAUAAUUAUUCUGAGGCACCAUGGGAGUGUCUACUUUUGUAUGGCACAAGAAAUCCUGGUACAUGUCUUUAUUGGUGGUGGUUUUACGUUGAAAAGCAGGUGGCAGGGAAUGUGGCUUAGUGGCAGAGUGACUGACUGGCAGGUGUGAGGCCCUGGGUUCAAACUCUAGUACUACCAGAACAAAAACAUUGGUGAUGGUAUUUUACCAAAGGAAGAGAAAAGAUCUCAUGAUAUAUCUUCUCUGCUGUCACGUGUUUGAUGUGAGCUUUGGAAAAUGACAAUAUAACACCAUACAAAAUCCCAACGACCAUAACUAGGCCAAAUGAAGGCCUGAGGGAGCCUGCUAGAAUAGCUCUGCUGCAGAGGAAAUGGAGAGGAGGGAGAAGAUGCCAAAGAAGAACUCGAUGGAGUAAACCCAGAGACUGUAUAUUUUUAAAUUAGAGUCUAAUCUCUUGUGAGGUAGUGUUUCUAUUUUUAUUACUAGUUAUGUAAAAUAACCUCUGUCUCCGCAUGGCGGUUCUGUCAGUAACUAAAAUUAACCCGGAACACUGAAUUUACAUCAACACGUGAGUAGAUGGCAUUAAUACAAGUGAAUUAAUAAAUUUAUUGUAAAUUAUUAACACGUGUCAAUGCAUUCUUUUGUAGAC